CUAGUGACUAGUCAAUUGAAUAGUCUUCUGUCUUGGUGACUUGUCUGUCUUGUCUUUUAUGUGAUUAGAAAUCACGCUAAAUAAAUAAAUAUUUUUUUGCUCUAUUAACGCCAUACUAAUCAAAAUUCAAAGUUUUUUCUUGCUGCUUAAAAGAUAAGUCGUGUUUGGUAGUCAUAAGCUCUACUAUAAAUUAAAAUAAUACUAUUGGUGACUGAUGUCAGAACUCUUAAACAAUUUAUAAGCACUUGGUGCUGAUCUCCGUUUUAAAAACAAUAUGACAACCUCGAAAAAUUUUGAAAAAUGUUUUAUUACUGUUGGUACCACACGAUUUGAUUUACUUUGCAGUGAAAUCGUAUCGUCUCCUGUUCUCCAAGCCUUAAAGAGAUCAGGUUGCAAGGAUAUUACUUUUCAAAUUGGAAAUAGUAAAAUGGACUCCGGUGAUUACGAGCUAGACGGAAUUAAACUACAUUGUUACAGGUUUAAAGAUUCUAUAGAAAAUGAUAUAAGAAAUUCCGAUUUCGUCAUAAGUCAUGCUGGUGCUGGUAGUGUUUUGGAAGUUUUAAAUGCAAGGAAACCACUCUUGGUAGUCGUAAACGAAGAUCUUAUGGAUAAUCAUCAACUAGAAUUAGCAGAACAAAUGCAAGUGGAUGGUCAUUUAUUCUAUUGCACUUGCGAUACCUUAGUUUGUACUUUAGACCAAAUGGAUUUCAGUUUAUUAAAACCAUUAGAAAAAGCUAAUCCUACAUACUUUUUUCAAUCACUGAAUAGACUUUUAAAGAUACAAGAUUAA